UUUGUUCGAAAAUGAGAAAGGGAUAGGAGAAUUGGAAAAUUUUUAUACUUUAUUUUUAGAUUUUCUUUUGCUUUUUUUUUAUUUUUUGCUGCUUUACUAAAUUUUCACUUAUAUUGCAUACAUGUGUAUAUAUAAAAAAAAAUUUUCUUCAUCGUAGGAUGCAAUGAUGUUGCGAACAUAGAAUACUGAAAAAACAUAAAAUAAAAAAGUUCUACAAUUUUUUUUAUUUUCAGUUUUUCUUUUUCCUCCCUGUUUCUUCUGUUUCUUUUCUUUCUUGUACUUAUACUUCUUCUUCUCACUUUAAUAAAAAUGGUAUUUUUUUUUUAUUAUUUGUUUUAUUAUACUUUCUGUUAUUCGCCGUUAUUAGUCGUUCCGUUUCGUUCUCUUUUUUCUAAAACUAAAAUAAAUUUAUAUAUAAAUAAAAAAAAAUAAAAAAAAAAAAUAUAUAUAUUUUUAUUUAUUUAUCCUAAUAUAAAUUAAAAAAAUAUAUAUAUAAAUAAAUAACAAUAAUAAAUAUAUAUAAAUAAUUAAAUAAAUGUUUAUAGUUUUAAAUUAAAAAAAAAAUUAAGAUAAAAUUUUAAAAUAAAAAAUAAUUCUUUUUUUUAUAUUUAUAUGGGUGUUAAUUUUUGGAUGCCUUUAAUAAUACAAUAAAAUUAUUGACAUAGAACGCACAUAAAUGAAAUAACAGAAAAGAAAACCCAAAAGAAAAACUCAACCGGAAAUUUCCUAGUACUAGAGAAAAAAAAAAUACAAAACUUAUUGAAAUAUUUUAUUUUUGUCGCUCUAUUUUAGCAAAGAUAUGAUAACUAGAGAUGAUAAGUUUCAAAAAUGUGUUUAGAUUUGACAAUGACACCACUUCGACAAUACACAAAACAAUAUUACAAAAUAUCAGCUGAUAUAAUGAUUAUGGAUAAAAAUUCUAUUCAAAAUAAUUUUUACCAUUACUGCAUAUUCAUUAAAUCGUCAGUCUUACGAUAAAUUAAAAAAAACCAAAAGGUAAAAGAACUGAAAUUAAAAACCGGGAAAUAUUAAAUUUUAACCAAAAAAGCAACAAAAAUACAACAAAUAAAAUAAAUAAUAUUGAUAAAGAAAAAAUAUUAAAAUAACGGAUAUUAAUAUAAAAAUUAAAUACUAGAUAACGCACACACGCAUACUUGCACUUAUACGUUUAAAAAUGAAACAAAAAAAAGCGGAAUACUAAACUAAAAUAUAUAAAAAAAAAUAUACUAAAAUAAGAGAUUAAACUAAAAAGGAAGAAACUAAGAAGAAAUUAAACUAAAAAUUAGGAUUGCAAAAAAUCCUGCUACAAAAAAAGAAAAAACUUAUAUAAAAAUAAAAAUAUGGUUGUUACACUAUUUCGCACAUAUUAUUUAUAUGAAAAAGAAAACACUAAGAAGAAAUAAAGCAAUUAUAAUUAGUUGUAAGGAGAGAAAGGACACUACAUACGUAAUGAAAAUAAUUCAUUAACGCCGCCGUCACGAAGAGCAAAUCUAAAGCAGAAACAUAACAAUAACAACAACACCAACAAAAACCAAAUCAAAAUAAGACAAGAUUACAAAACCUAAGACAACACAGAGACAACUGUAUAAUAUAUUAAUUUUGAAUUUUUAUAAUAAAAAUAAUAAUAAUAAUUAAAAGAAAAAAAACUAAAUAGAAAUAAAAUUAAUAUACAAUUUAAAUUAUAAAAUAUAUAAUUGAUGAAAUACACCAUAAAAAAACAAGGGAUAUUAUCUACAAGAAAUAAAAGAAAGGAAAUGUCGCCGUGUUAGAAAAUCAGAGCUAAACAAAAUUUACGCAAUUCAAACACCAAAAGAAAAAUUGAACCAGACAACCGAUUAGAAAACUAAUCUUAUAUAUAAUAUUUAAAAUUAAAUAUAAACUUAAAAAAAAACAAAAGAGAAAAAACGAAAAAAAGAGAGUUCUAUUGGUUGCUCUAAUAGAACAAAACAUAAAUCUCAAAAUCAAAAUAAAUAAUUUUUUUUACUCUUUAAUUUUUUUCACACCACUUAAAAAAUUCACACACAAAAACACUUUAGUUAGUGUGUUUAGCAGUUUAAAUAAAAAAAAUACAAAAUACAUAAUAAUACAAAUUAAUAUACAAUAAUUUAAAACAUAUAUAUAAAUAAAAAAACAACUAUAUAAAAUUAAGAAGCAAUAAUAAUAAUAUGGUAAUUUUAUUAAUAGCAAAAAAAUUAGCAACACAACAAUGUAAUAAUAAUAAUAAUAAAAAAAAGAAAAAUUUAAAAUUAAUUUAAAACAAUAAACGAAUUAAAAUAAAUCAAAAGUAAUAUAGUAGGUAUAACGUAAUUAUAAAUUAAAAUAAAGGUAAUACUAAAGUAAUGCUAAAUAAAAUAAAAGUAAUACUAAAUUAAAAAAUAAACAAAUAAUCAAAAACAAAAAAAGGUAUCGUUCUGUCUUUAUCUUAAUUGUAUUGAUAAAACAAAAUAAAAUUAAUAAAAAAGCACUUUAUUUUAAUAUUUUAACCAAUAACAUUUUUACAAAUAAAGUUCAACAUUAAAAAAAAAAUUAACUAAAAUAACAAAAAACAAAAAAAAAAAAAACACAAAAAAAAGAAAAACAAAAAUCUUUUUUCAAAAAAACAUACUUCUACUGAUUCUACAAUAAUAUUAUUUUAUAACCGCUCAACUGCAACCACAAAGUAUUUGCGCGCGUGAUAACGAAACAAGAAGUGACGAUCAAAAUACGAAAAAAAAGAAAACUGAAAAAACUUCUUUAUAAUUUUUUUUUAAAAGAGACAUCUUUUACCUCCGUUUCACUUCUCCGGUUUACUUUAUUGAAAAAUAUAAGGAAUUAUUAAAAAAACUUAAGGGAAUUAAUUAAUAAAUUGUGUUGAUGAGGUUGUAGAAUUUAAUUUUUAUUUUAAAUUAAAUUUUUUUGAAUUUUCAAUUAAUUUUGGAAAAUAAAAUAUAUUUAUAAUAUAUUUAGUUAACACCAAUAGCAAUAAUAAAAUUUUUUCAAUUAUGAAACUAACAAUAAAAAAAUUUACCGUCCGAAAAUUUUAAUUUAAAUUCUUUUCUUUCAAAUUAAUUAUCAAAAAUAAAAAACAUUGCAAAAUAUUUAUAUUUAUGACUACAACUACAAUACUACAUAACUACACAUAAAACUAUUAAUAAUUAUUUAAAUAAUAAUAUUUAGCAAUAAAGUAUAAAAACAACAUUAAAUAAAAAAAGAAAAAGAAAAUAAACACCAGAGUAACGUUAAUAAUAUAAAAAAAAAAAAAUUUAAAGUGAAGUGAAAUUUAUAUAAAAAUAUUUUUUUUCGUAAUUUUCGCGUUACCAUAUUGUAGUGGUGUAAUUAAUUAGAAUUUUUACUACAAAUUCUAACUCUUAUUAUUUAAAAAUAUUGAUGAUUAAUAUAUUUAAAUUUACUAUUUUUUUUUCCGUUAUUGCAAUUCGCUAUUAAGAAUCUCGUUAUUUUCAAUUAUUUAAAUACAUAAAAAAAUCAAAAAUAAAAAAAAAGAAGACGCACACAGGCAACAACAAAACUAAAGAAAGAAAAAAAGCAACUCUACAUAAAAAAUACCCAGCAGAAACAAACACAACAGCACAAAGAUAUUAAAUACUUACUGAGAAUUUCAACUAAAAGAGAGAAUAUUUUGUGUUCUCAUUUUACGGCUUUUUUUUGUUUUUUUCUUAAAUUUAAUAUCGAAAAAAAUAAAUAAAACACAAAAAAAAAACAAAAAUAUAAAACCAAAAUAAAGAAGCAACCAGCAAAUGUUUAUACCUGAUUCACUAAGAAGCUGUAUGAUUGAGACGGACGUUACAUCAUAUCUACAGACACCAUCUUCAGGACAGGUGCUUGUGCUACUCUUCUGCUACCAACCAGCCGAAAUCCAUAUCAUAUGAUGAAUUUCAUCCGUUCAUCGAAGCGUUAUUACCAUUCGUUAAAUCAUUUUCAUAUACAUGGUUUAAUUUACAAGCAGCAAAAAGAAAAUAUUAUAAAAAACAUGAAAAACGUAUGUCACUUGAAGAAGAGAAACAUUGUAAGGACGAAUUACAGAAUGAAAAAGCAGAGGUGAAACAAAAAUGGGCAUCUCGCCUUUUGGGAAAAUUAAGAAAAGAUAUUACACAAGAGUGUCGAGAAGAUUUUGUACAAAGUAUUACUGGUAAACGUCAAUCGAUAUGUGUAUUAUCAAAUCCAGAUCAAAAGGGUAAAAUGCGUCGUAUAGACUGCCUACGUCAAGCUGAUAAAGUAUGGCGUUUAGAUUUAGUUAUGGUGAUAUUAUUUAAAGCAAUACCAUUAGAAAGUACAGAUGGUGAAAGAUUAGAAAAAAAUCCAGAUUGUACACAUCCAGGUUUAUGUGUUAAUCCGUAUCAUAUAAAUGUAUCUGUACGUGAAUUGGAUUUAUAUUUAGCUAAUUUUAUAAAUACACAUCCACAUGAUAUAUUAUUAAGUCCACCGGUUUAUCACCAUAAUUAUAAUAAAACGAAAGAAGAAGAUCGUAAACAGAAAGUUACAGGUUUUACACAUAAUCCAUAUAAUGGAGUCAUAUGUAAUGAUAUAAUCUUGGCUACUGGUGUUUUUUCUUCCAAAGAAUUAUGGAAACUUUCAAAAUCAUCAAUUCUUGAUGAAACAAAUGAAUUGAUUCACCAAGCGAAUACAACUAAUAUUAAAAUGGAAAAUGUUGCCAGCACAUAUUACUGUAACAGUUAUCCGUUAACAACAGCACCUGUACCGAGCAUAGUUUCAGCAGUAACUGACCGUUCUUUAACAUCAUCUAUGGUAGUAUCAAGUGGUUAUAGUAUUGAUUUAGUUGAUCCUAGAUCAAUGCAUUUAACGAAUUCCCCAUUAUUGCGAACGCAACCCUCAUGUAAAACAGAUCCAUGUUCAACACCACCAAAUGAAACUGGCAGUAGUUUUUCUGUUAUAUUAAGACCAACACAAGAUCAAGUCAAUAGUAAUAAUCAUACUGGUAGUGGUGGAGGUGAUCCAAUACCACUACAACGUUAUACACCAACAAGUGCAACAUCUAGAUUAGUUUCUGUUAAUCAAUCAAGGUCGAAUCAAGAAGUUCUGUUGCAACAUAAUCCAACUGGUCUUAUAUCACAUUCAAUAAGUCCUGGUGCAACAACAAUAUACUAUCAACAUAACAGCCCAAAUGAUCCUCCUGAUGUUUGUUCAUCAACAUCAAAUGAUGGUAAUCAACAACAACAACAGCAGCAACAGCAUCAUCACCAUCCACAUCAUCAUCAUUCACAUACACAACAUCCUUCAGUGGUUGCUUCAACAAAAUAUGUUGAACAAACUGUAAAUGGUCAUGAUACAUUAACAGAUUUUGUAACAUUUGUUUGUCAAGAGCAGCAACAACAGCAACAACAGCAUGAUCCCAGUAAUAAUUCAAAUCAAAAUUCAUCUGAUCAAUUCCAAGUUCAAAAUGUUGGUGUUAGCCGAAAUAGCAGUACCGGUAGUAGUGCAACAUCAUCAAAAACUUCAUCAUUACAAUAUCCACAAUAUAGUACAAUGUUACCACCACCACCAUUGCCACCGAUGGCAAGGCCAGUUGCUAUUAUAAGAUCAACAGCUGAUUUAACAAUGGUUGGCUCACCACCGUCAUCCAUAUCACCACCGUCAGCAGCAAAUACUGGUUCAAUAUCAUCACCUCAAUCACAUCCGCAACAACAGCAGCAGCAACAUCAUCACCAUCAUCACCAUCAGCAACAGCAGCAGCAACAACAGAAUCGAUCAGAUACAAAUGAUCAACACAAUUUACAGCAAACCAACACUAGCACAAGUAGCGCUGGUGGUGGUAGUGGUAAUGUAUCCAAUUCUAAUAAUAAUGGUGGUUCAAAUAAUAAUGGUAAUAAUGGUGGUGGCAAUAAUAAUAGUAAUUCUAGCAAUAAUGGGGGUGAUAAUCAAAGUAAUCCUGGUACGCCAAAAAAUUCCAGCGGUCCAAGUGGUAGUACAAAUAGUGGAAAUAAUAGUAAAAAUUGUCAAUCAACUGAUAUGACAUCAUCACCACCGUUAAGUCCACAAGACAAUAAUAUGGACAUUGUAUGCCGAAAAUCAUCGUCAUCAUCAUCUUUAACCAGAAUUUCAAGUAAUCCAUAUCCAACGGGAAGAGAUUAUGCAACAUUUAAUCAUCAUUUUCAUACUCAAUCAUCAGCCCCGCUUUUGGGCUAUACCAGCUCUAUUUCAACAAUGUCUAUGUCGGGUGUUUUAAGUCCAACAAAUUUAAGUUUAUAUUCGUCACCUGUUACAACGCCACGUACAACACCAAGAACUAGAUGGAAUCCACAAUUUUUAAUGGAAGAAGAUUUUGGUAUGAUUACACAUCCGGUUUCUAGUAAUAAUCCUGAAGUAAAUUCAGUUAUAUUAAUGGAAGAAGAUCACUCUUCAACGAUUCGAUAUACUGAAGAAUAUUCAUCGAGUAGAGACUAUGUUACUUGAUUCUAAAAUUAAUACGUAAAUUAUUUAGUAAAUAUAUAUAUUUGUACAUAUAAAAUAAUCUCUGAUUUUGAAAUUACAUUAAAGCAAUAAUAAUACGAAAUUCAAGGGCUAUAUUUUCUGAAUUGUGUAUUAGUAUAGUGGUAUUGUAAUUUUGAAGUCGAGGAUGCUAUAUACAUACAUAUACAAUUAUGUUAUUGUAAAAUUAAAUGUUUUAAUUUAUAAAAAAAGUAUACUAUGAUAUAAAAUUGAGUUUUAAAUAUUCAAAUUACAUUUUAAUAAUAUUUAGUAUUACUAAAAUAACAUUUAGUAAUGUAUCUAUAUAUAUUUUGCAUGCAUAUUUAUAUUUAUUAUUAUUAUACAAAGUAAAUAAAAAUAAAAUAAUAUAAAUUAUAAAUAAUUAUUAUAACUUUGAUAUUACAAAAACAAAAAAAAAUUAAAAUUCACAAAAUCCCUGACUUCAAAAUU